ACAUAUACUGUUCAACAAUUGCACUUUUAAUCUUUGACAGUGGCUGUAAAACUCAAAUCCGUGUUUUAUUUUGAUGCAAGUUAAAUUGAAUGAUUAAAACACGACAUCCCACUUUUGAGCACCAGAACUGAAUAACAGCAUUCUGCAUUUUUAUAGAUAUUGUGCCAUGUUUGGGAAAGUGAAAGUGGGUUAUACACAAUACAGUAUAGUCGAUGGGAUUAUCAAAGACCAUACCAACUGGCACAGCAGCUGUUAUUUUGUGACCCACUCCUUUUCUGAUUACUCCUGACCUUUUAGAGCAUGCAUUUUCACAGUACAUGUCUAGAAUCCUAAACAGACAGUCUUGGUUUCAGUUGAUUCAUGAGAUAUGACCUUUAUUAUACUGCAUUAAGGAUAGAUAAAGAUCUCCUACCCACUGGGAAAAUAAAAUUAGGAGAACUUUUUGAGAUGAAGCAGUCAGUGUGUGACUCAACCUCGGUUUAACAUGAUUUCAUGAUAAAAUUGUCCUGCUUGUUUAUGACCUGUGAAAUCCCACCAGGCCUCUCUCCCCCCGAUUAUCUACUCCUCUGAGCUCUCCAGCGGCUCCUACUGGUAGAGAUGGGUGGAGGAGCAUGCUGGAGGUUGUUUGUUCUUGUCUAUCUACCUUGGGCCAGUAAUACUGAGAGCCCCUAUGGCCUAACUCUAUUUCCACUCACGACAAGGUUUGGCUAUUAAACUGGUAUCACAGGACGCUCUUGUAAAUAAGAGGAUUAAAAAAGUAGACUAUCGGUAAUCCUGGUCAGUACCUUCAGCAGUGCAUGUCCUGUCUUGUAACUGUUCCCUGUCACAUAACCCUCUUUACUGACUAGGAGCUCUUAAAGAUGAACAAGUAGUUCCCUGUGUCCUGCUUUUCCUAUUUGGGUUAACGGAGGGGUACAGUGGCAGGGGAGGGCUCUGGAAAGAGGGAUGUUACUCAAACAAUGCCAAGAAUUCAGUUUACUAAAUAAGAAUGAUGUUAUAGAGUCAACAUAAAGUUUAAAACUCUCCAUCUUUGCUGUUUACAUAGAUCUCUAUCAGAUGGUAAAAUAGCAGCAUUAUUCUAUGAGUGUUCUAUUUCUGCUGCAAAAUUGUUGUUUUUUUUUCUCCCAGGGAAUCCAGUUUCUUCUUGAAAAUGACCUUUUGCAAAACACAGCAGAAGAUAUAGCCCAGUUCUUGUAUAAAGGGGAAGGGCUGAACAAAACGGUUAUCGGGGAUUAUUUGGGGGAGCGCGACGACUUUAACAUUAAAGUUCUACAAGCUUUUGUGGAGCUUCAUGAGUUUGCUGACCUCAAUCUUGUACAAGCCUUAAGGCAGUUUCUGUGGAGCUUCAGACUUCCUGGAGAAGCACAGAAGAUUGAUCGUAUGAUGGAGGCCUUUGCCUCCCGGUACUGCCAGUGUAACCCUGGUGUCUUCCAGUCUACAGACACAUGCUAUGUCCUUUCCUUUGCCAUUAUUAUGCUGAAUACAAGUUUACACAAUCCCAAUGUAAGGGAUAAAACAGCAGUGGAGAGGUUCAUUUCUAUGAACCGUGGGAUUAAUGAAGGAGGGGACCUCCCAGAAGAGCUACUCAGGAACUUAUAUGAAAGUAUUAAAAAUGAGCCGUUCAAAAUCCCAGAAGAUGACGGAAACGACUUAACGCACACAUUUUUCAACCCUGACAGGGAAGGUUGGCUGUUGAAACUAGGAGGGGGAAGAGUGAAAACCUGGAAACGAAGAUGGUUCAUACUGACUGAUAAUUGCCUCUAUUACUUUGAAUAUACAACCGACAAAGAACCAAGAGGAAUCAUACCUUUGGAGAAUCUCAGUAUUCGUGAAGUGGAGGACCCUAGAAAGCCGAACUGCUUUGAGCUCUACAAUCCUAACCAUAAAGGCCAGGUGAUCAAGGCGUGCAAGACAGAAGCCGAUGGCAGAGUGGUGGAGGGGAACCAUGUGGUGUACAGGAUAUCGGCACCGACUCCUGAAGAAAAAGAGGAGUGGACCAAAUCCAUCAAAGCAAGUAUCAGCAGGGACCCUUUCUAUGACAUGCUGGCUACCAGGAAAAGGAGAAUCGCCAACAAGAAGUAAACUCAACUGAAGAGGACAGUUCAGCAGUAUUUACAGUGUAGACUUCAGAAGUGAAUGGAUUUGUUAAGGUAACUACGAAAAUGGACUGGGAGAGGGAGACUAAUGUUAAUACUGGACCAGAUAUUCUGGCAAGUGGAAAAGGGAAAAAAAAAACAAGCCCCUCAAUUCUGGUGUUUUCUGCAAAUAUAAAACAGUGAAGGCCUUUGUACUUUGAACACUAUCUGGCCAUUUUCUUUUGAAAAUGCAAAGAAAAAAAAUAAAACUACAUAGUGGGCAUUCUGACUACAUUGAAGAAAAACACUGUUGAGCAGUGAAUGCGAAUGUUUUGUUUUAAGAAAAAGCAAUAAGUGCUCUUAAAUAACUUAUGCUGUACCGAAAAAAAAAAAAAAUGCAAAUGUAGGUCAGCGAAUGCCAAUAUGCCUGGGGACAGGCAGGAUUUUAACUGCAGAUAGCUGUGUAAUCACACUUGUUGGUUGCAGAGUUUAGUUGUACAAAAUGUUGACACCCAAGUGACUGGAUCUAACCAUUAAAAUAACUUUGAAAAGUCAUAUAUAUAUAUACACAUACAGUAUAUCCACUGUACUGGCAAUUCUUAUAUUUUAAAAUGUAAGGCAAAUUCAAUAGCUUUUUGAGUCAGCUGGCUUGACUUUUCAUUAUUUAUUGAAAAAUAGCCUGUUUAACACACUAUAUACAUUAAGUGCAACACAGGGUACCAAACAGUUAAUUAAGCUUUUCAUGAAUAAUUCCAUCUGUAAAUGGCAGCAUGAGUAAUAGUCACAGUACAAAGGCAAUGCAUAUGCAAUGUAGUAUUUUCAUAAUGUAUUACUGUACUACGUAUGAAAAGUUGCUUGCUGCCAGAACAUGUAUUGUAGAUCAACAGCUACAGUUGUAUUUCAUCAGUGCUUAUGUCUUCUAUAUUUAUUUUUUUGUGCAAUUGCAAAAAUGUUGUGUUUUUUUAAGUUAUGUGUAAAUACUGUACAGAUUUGUGUGUUGAUUUCUGUAUUUUUAAUGCAUGUAAAAUCUCUUGGCAGGAGCUUGCAUCAGUAAAUAGCAAGGGGGCCACGUGAUGUAAGCUUUUGUCAAAAGUUUUGUACAGAAUCUCUUUUUUUGGAGGGGAGGGGGUGUUUAUAAGAAUUCAAAACACAUUGACAUGUGCAUUGCAUGCUUGAUGCAGCCAAUACCAGCAGUUUUAAGAGGGGGGGGGGGGGGG